GUAGAAUUGGACAGUGGACCUCAUCGACAGCCCAUUCCGCUAUGGAGGAGCAGUUUCUCCGCUCCUUCUCACCACCACCACGACGACGACACCUCCAACACCCUCCUCUCGCAAAAACCCAACCUCGGACUAUAGUCAACGCGAGAAAACCCUCAUAGCCUUCGCCGGCACAGGCGCCUUGGAAGGACGAAGGAUGCCCGACAGGCCUCUUACCAUCGCAACAUAUGCAGCUGGUGCUUCUCUUGCUGCAAUCACGCUGGUCUAUGUCUUCGGGCCGACCUUCUUCCUCGACAGCGACGAUGCGAGCAGCACAAAGAGCAGUCGAAAGAAAGGUGUAGUCGGACUGGUCAACCCGGCGAAUGACUGCUUUAUCAAUUCUGUCCUGCAGGCAUUGGCUGGACUGCCUGAUUUGCGAGCUUUUCUCAUCCGGGAAGUACACAGAAGGGCAUUGGAUGGACCAGCUGUGUACGAGGAUCUGACUGCAGUGUUCGAAGAGCAGGCGAAGAGGGGAGAGGGAGCGAAGAAGACGCCGGAGUGGCAGCUUGCGGGAUUGCAGCAAGGACUGGUUACGGCGGGGUUGAAAGAUGUGCUGGAUGCGCUGAAUGAGAGGCCCAUCUAUAAGAAGACCAUCAGCGCGCAGGGCUUCAUUCGAUGUGUGGAGACCAGCUUCAGGACGAGAAUCAGCAGGUCCCAGCAAGAUGCACAAGAAUUCUUACAGGUCGUGGUGGAGAGGAUUGCAGAGGAGUAUUAUGCUGGGAGGAGAGCGAGAAGGAGGAUACGGCAAACUGAGGCGCAGUCAUACAUCACCGUUGAGCCACCUGCAGAGGAUGCCGCGAAUACUGAAGAAGGAGAGGCAGGAGCGUUGAGACCGAGGGACAGCAAGAUGGAGAAGGUCAAUACCGACCAAUUUAAUUCAGUCCUGCAAACAGUACCCGAAGAAUCGGACUCGGACAAGGACGAAAACAUAUUCCCACUCCAAGGCAAGCUGGAAUCCCAAGUCGAAUGCUCGCACUGCCACUUCAAGCCGAAGCCAUCCAUAUCGACUUUCCUGACGCUGACCUUGAAUGUCCCGCAUGAGCAGACGUCAACGACGCUCAGCGAAUGCUUCGAUGGCAUGUUCAAGGUCGAACAUAUCGACGACUUCAAGUGUGAAUGCUGCCGUCUCACUCAUGCAAUAUCGAUCAACGAUAGAAUCCUCGCGAGGUCUGAUCUCUCUCCUGAAGACCGCGCCAAGCUUGAAGACGACAACAUGAAACUGCAGCAAGCCUUGGAUGAAGAUCCAGAAAAGCCGCCCAGCGAUGUCAAAUUACCAGAUGUAUCAACAGCACCGAAACGAAAAAUCGCCCGCCAUACACGCCUUUCCGAAUUUCCCAAGAUCUUGUCAGUUCACCUGUCUCGAUCAGUCUGGGACCCUUCUGCCACGAGCUCGAAGAACAUGGCCAAAGUCUCCUUCCCGGAAAGCUUACCCCUGGGAGGUCUUCUCGAUAGGAAACAGUAUCGUCUACUCGGGGUGGUCACGCAUAAGGGCGGUCACAACAGCGGACAUUACGAAUCGUUCAGACGACAAGUCCUCCCUCAACCUUUCUCGACGCCCACGACGCUUGGAAGACAAGGCGUGUAUAGUAUCGCGGCUUCUCCAGCUCCCAGUACAGUCAAUAGUCCGCGACUGAGUGCCAGCACAGCGGACUUUCCCCGUGACAGCACAGUGAGCAGCGCGGACUCACAGUUCCUGAGCACGCCGUCCUCCUCGUCACUCUCGACCAUCGUUCCCUCGUCAGACAAGAGGAAAUCUACCAAUGCUUCUGUCCCUUUCGACUCCAUUCCCGCACCUGGACUCCCCACACCACCGUCUACGAGUAAUCUUGGCGAUACUUCCAAGGCAGACGAAACGACCUCUCCUCGACGAUCCGGUAGUUUCCGCAAUUUUCGAGGUGCAGUGCAGCGCAAAACGGCGAAGAAGACUGCUGCUGCGAGUAGUGAUCGCUGGUGGAGAAUCAGCGACGACAAGAUUAAAGAGAGUAAAACUAGUGAGGUGUUGGGGAUGCAGAAAGAAGUCUAUUUAUUGUUUUAUGAAAUGGUUCGAACGGAGGCUUGAGAUGCGAUGCGAUGGGACGAAUAUGAAGAUGAAGAUGAUGGUGGUUUUGUGCUUUUCUUUUUCCAAGCGAGGCGUCAUGGCGCAUCUUUCGGGCGUGGAGAUUUUUUCUAUUCUUGUGUACGGUAUAGACGGGCGGAAGCAAGUUUGUCUUCUUCUUGGAGAUGUGGUCUGGUUGAAGUUUUGUCUUUUGACUUUGGGCAGUGUAUAUACCAUACCAUACCAUACCG